CUUGUUAAGUUUGGCUUGUCUUCCCAAAACGCGCGAGAUUCGAGAGGGUGGAGCUUUAAGAUUGGCAGCAGUGGACGCAUGUAACCAAAGCCAUAGCCAUGGUGUCAAUCCAGUUCUCCAACUCUCUUACUGCUCUUAAACCUCCUCAUCUUCCUCCUUACCUCUCCGCCCUUAAACCCUCUUCUUUUCUCCACAACAAGUUUCCAAACCCAACUAAGAUCACCAAAUACACAACCUUUAGAGCCGAGCUAUCCCACGACGCCCCGUUCGCCGCCGCCAUCGGCGCGUGCGUGCUCUCGUCGCUGGUGCUUCCGCCGGUCACUGCUCCGGCUGAUGAUCCUGAUGCUGGUUCCGGUAUUGAUUCCACUGAUGCUAGGUUCGCAGUCAUGGGGGUUGUUAGCUUCAUUCCCUACUUCAAUUGGCUGAGUUGGGUUUUUGCUUGGCUGGAUUCUGGGAAAAGGCGCUAUGCUGUGUAUGCACUUGUGUAUUUGAUCCCCUACAUCAGAUCAAAUUUGAAUUUGUCUCCUGAGGAGAGCUGGCUGCCUAUUGCUAGCAUUGUUUUCUGCAUUAUUCAUGUCCAGCUAGAAGCAAGUAUUAAAAAUGGAGAUCUUCAGGGAUUUCAAUUCUUUAAUGAAGCUGCAAAGCAUAUUUCAGCAGUGACUAAAAAAAGAGAUUAUCUAGAUGGGCAUCAAGGUGCCUCGAAGAAGGGGAGGGAAAGAGAAAAUAAGAACCUGCCAUUCGGCCAAGAGCAGUCAAGAAACGAGAUUGAUAAUUGGGGAGCUCCCAAAAGGCCCUUACAAGACCGUGACUUGAAGGAAGAUAGGGAUGACAAUGAAAGAAGGAAACACUAGAAAAUCAGAAUUGCUUGCAGUAAUUCAAAUAGCAGGAGGGAUAUGAGGAUAUCCCAUAUAGCAGAUGUAGUCUGAUAUCUUUAGGUGCAUAAUGUUUUGAAUUUAGCACGUUAUGAUGAUUCAUUUACAUGUAGAAUGUAGAAUCGGGUUGCACUCCUUUGCAGUGAAGUCGAUAUCCAAAGUUCCUUUUAUCAUGA